UUCUAAAGCAUUUCCUCCUCAGUGGCUCUGAGCUGGCAAUUAUGCAGGUGACUGCUGGGUCCUGCUGAGAGGCGGUCGCUUACAGCUCCUAUGAGGCCCCUGUCGCCGGUCGGCGAUGUCCGACUGGAGCUGUCGUCGCCGCCACUGCCGCUGCCGGCUGUGAGCGGGUCUCCGGUCGGGUCGUCCGGGCGUCUCAUGGCCGCUAGCAACUCUUUGGUUCCCGACCGGCUGCGACUGCCACUCUGUUUUUUUGGAGUUUUUGUCUGCUAUUUCUACUAUGGCAUCCUGCAGGAAAAGAUAACAAGAGGAAAGUAUGGGGAUGGAGCCAAGCAGGAGACGUUCACUUUUGCCUUAACUUUGGUCUUCAUCCAGUGUAUGAUCGGUGCUGUGUUUGCCAAGAUCUUGAUCCAGUUAUUUGACCCUGCCAGAGUGGACCGAACACAGAGCUGGCUCUAUGCUGCCUGUUCUGUUUCCUAUCUGGGUGCCAUGGUCUCCAGCAACUCAGCACUACAGUUUGUCAACUACCCAACUCAGGUCCUUGGUAAAUCCUGCAAACCAAUCCCAGUCAUGCUCCUUGGAGUGACCCUUUUGAAGAAGAAGUAUCCAAUGGCCAAGUACAUGUGUGUGUUGCUAAUUGUGGCUGGAGUGGCCCUUUUCAUGUAUAAACCCAAGAAAGUAAUUGGGGUGGAAGAACACACAAUUGGCUAUGGAGAGCUGCUCCUGCUAUUGUCUCUGACCUUGGAUGGACUGACAGGUGUUUCCCAGGACCACAUACGGGCUCAUUAUCAAACAAGCUCUAACCACAUGAUGUUGAACAUCAACCUUUGGUCGACAUUGCUGCUGGGAGCUGGAAUCCUAUUCACUGGGGAGCUCUGGGAGUUUUUGAGCUUUGCUGAAAGGUAUCCUUUCAUCAUCUAUAAUAUCCUGCUCUUUGGCCUGACCAGUGCCCUUGGUCAGAGUUUCAUCUUCAUGACGGUUGUGUAUUUUGGCCCUCUGACUUGCUCUAUCAUCACCACAACUCGAAAGUUCUUCACCAUUUUGGCCUCUGUGGUUUUUUUUGCCAAUCCCAUCAGCUCCAUGCAGUGGGUGGGCACUGUGCUUGUGUUUUUGGGUCUCGGUCUUGAUGCCAAGUUUGGAAAAGGAGCCAAGAAAACAUCUCACUAGGAAAUGAAAGACUACCUCCACCCCAAGAAUAUUUAAGUUAUUAUCUCGAACAAUGGCAUAUUGGGGGGGGGGGGGGAAUGGACACAAUAGAAAUAAGGGACUGGG